AUGUGGAGUCAGCGAUCGAAUUUUGAUAAUAGAAGAUUGGUGAUUGUUGAUACACCAGGAUUUUUUGACGCAGAACUUGGUCCAGAAAUAAUAAUACCCGAAAUUUCCAGUUCCCAUCAAAUUGCAGCACCAGGUUCAGAUCCUUUUCUAGUUGUUCUUAUAUUCGCCCGUUUCACGCCACAAGAAGCAGCAGCAGCAAAAUGGAUAUCUGAAGUACUUGAUGAGAGAGCUCUUGAUUAUUGUAUUAUUGUGUUCGCUGGUUUAGAUGGCCUUAAAAGAGAUAAAACAACUGUUGAAGAGUUUCUUCAAGAUGCACCAACUUUCGUACAAAAUCUGAUAGAAAAAUGUAAAGGUAGAUAUAUUGAUGUCGAUAAUACAGUAAGUGAUGUGGAAAAAGAAGAAACAAUCAUGGUUUUAUUAGAUAAAAUAUCAACGAUGAUACAAAAAAAUGGUGGACAAUUCUAUAACAACAAAAAGUUUAUCCAAAUAGCUGCUAUAUUGGACAAGUAUUCAGGGUGGUUUGUUCCAUUAAAACCCGAUGGAACUGUCAAUUUAUGA